AAGCUGCUGCUACGGAACCGUUUGGCUCUUUUCUCUACUAGCGAGCAACAGUACACUGAACCCCCAACUGUACAACCAGCUCCAUUUUAAGGGGAUUUAUCGCCACACAUGCCCGCAUAUUCAACACACAUCGCCCAGUGGGGAUUCCAGGUACCGCUCGGCCGGUUCGGAGGGCUGUUAUAACGCUCUUUUCGAGGUUUAAUUAGAGCUUGAAAACAGCGCUGCUGGUGGAGGAGAUUCCAUAUUAGGAGCACAGAGGAGAAGGCACCCCCCUCCUGGAGCUUUAGGUUCUGAACCCAUGGUUUAAAGUCCUGACUGCCUGAACACAGCGGCGGUGUCUGCAGACUUACUGCUGGGGCUAGGAGUGUGCGUGCUGACCUCAUGGUGUAACAGGAUUAAAGAUGAGCAUUAGCAGUGAUGAGGUCAACUUCCUGGUCUACAGAUACCUACAGGAAUCAGGGUUCUCCCACUCUGCGUUUACAUUUGGUAUAGAGAGCCACAUCAGUCAGUCCAACAUCAACGGAGCUCUGGUGCCCCCUGCUGCCCUCAUCAGCAUCAUCCAGAAAGGCCUGCAGUAUGUGGAGGCUGAAGUCAGCAUCAACGAGGACGGCACGUUAUUCGAUGGACGGCCGAUCGAGUCUCUGUCCCUCAUCGAUGCGGUGAUGCCAGACGUGGUCCAGACGAGGCAGCAGGCUUACCGGGACAAAAUGGCCCAGCAGCAGGCGGCAGCUUCAGCACCAACAUCGGCUGCAGGCGGCAGCAUUACUGGGAACGCCAAGAACGGAGAGAACACUGCCAACGGCGAGGAGAACGGAGCCCAUGCCUUAGCAAACAACCACUCAGAUCUGAUGGAAGUGGACGGCGAUGUGGAGAUCCCUCAGAACAAGGCCAUGGUCCUCAGAGGUCACGAGUCGGAGGUCUUUAUUUGUGCCUGGAACCCAGUGAGCGACCUGCUGGCCUCUGGGUCUGGGGAUUCCACGGCUCGUAUUUGGAACCUGAGUGAGAACAGUACAAGCAGCUCCACACAGCUGGUGCUGAGGCACUGCAUCAGAGAAGGAGGACAGGACGUCCCCAGCAACAAAGACGUCACCUCACUGGACUGGAAUAGUGAGGGCACGCUGUUGGCUACUGGCUCAUAUGACGGCUUCGCCAGAAUAUGGACCAAAGAUGGUAAUCUGGCCAGUACUCUGGGACAACACAAAGGUCCCAUUUUCGCCCUUAAGUGGAACAAAAAAGGCAAUUUUAUUCUGAGUGCAGGAGUAGACAAGACCACAAUCAUCUGGGACGCUCACACAGGAGAGGCCAAACAACAGUUCCCCUUCCACUCAGCUCCUGCUCUGGACGUGGACUGGCAGAGCAACAAUACGUUUGCUUCCUGUAGUACAGACAUGUGCAUCCACGUCUGUAAACUGGGACAGGACCGGCCCAUUAAGACAUUCCAGGGACACUCGAAUGAAGUUAAUGCAAUCAAGUGGGACCCGACGGGGAACCUGCUGGCAUCCUGCUCCGACGAUAUGACGCUGAAGAUCUGGAGUAUGAAGCAGGACUCGUGCAUCCAUGACCUGCAGGCCCACAGCAAAGAAAUCUACACCAUUAAAUGGAGUCCAACUGGACCAGGAACCAACAAUCCCAGCGCUAACCUCAUGCUAGCCAGCGCGUCGUUUGACUCCACGGUGCGCCUCUGGGACGUGGACCGGGGCAUCUGUAUCCACACGCUGACCAAACACCAGGAGCCGGUGUACAGCGUGGCUUUCAGCCCAGACGGACGCCAUCUGGCCAGCGGCUCGUUUGACAAAUGUGUGCACAUCUGGAACACACAGACGGGGGCGCUGGUGCACAGCUACAGAGGGACCGGCGGGAUCUUCGAGGUGUGUUGGAACGCAGCGGGAGACAAAGUGGGAGCCAGCGCGUCGGACGGCUCUGUGUGCGUAUUAGACCUGCGGAAAUAGUGCUGCUGUUCGUUGGAAGCCAUGGACCGACCAUGAAUGUGUACAUAGCCAAAUGACUGUCCCUGCCUGCCCUGCGUACUGCUCACGCUUAGGCCCCGCCCACCGACAGACAGGAAGCAGGAUACAGGAACAGGAAGCAAGUACCCGACACAGCAGGUCCAGACGUGGAGGGAAUAAAACUGACAGAUGGACAGAUUGAGGAACGUUGGGAUGAUGGCGCCCCCUUCUGUCCAUGCAGACUCUCAGAGAGAAGCAGAAGGGGGCAAAAAAAAAAAAAAAAAAAGCGACAGAUCCGUAUAUUUACCAAAAUAUGGAAGCUGUUUGAACCAUUCUCAUCGUCAUCAAAUGUAAAACAAUGACAAAGUGUUGAUCAAUGUUACUAGUCAGAUCUUUUUGUGCGGACAUAUCGGCUCCCUCACCACAGGAUGGAAUGGCACUUAGUUUGUUUUUUUGGAUUUCAGAUCUCUCCUUUUAACGUCUUUAUAUUUUUUAUCUUAUGGGAGGGGCAAAGGGAGAAGUGCAUCCCCAGGAUUUCCUCUGAUGCAUCCACAUGGGCAAAUAACAGAUUAACCACCCCCCCAAAAAAAAAAUUAUAUUUGGCUUUCUGCUACAGAAUAAACCCUGCCUGUCCACUCUGA